AAAACAUGGCAGCGCUCAGGGCCCCUCCCUGAUCCCGGCAUGCACCGGGGAAUAGGCCAGGUCUUAGCUCUGGGCAGGAAGAUGGCGGCAUCUGGAUCAGAGCCGCAGAUCUUGGUACAAUACUUGGUUUUACGAAAGGAUCUAUCGCAGGCUCCGUUCUCCUGGCCAACGGGCGCAUUAGUAGCGCAGGCUUGUCACGCAGCCACAGCGGCUUUGCACAUUCACCGUGACCACCCCAACACUGUUGCUUAUCUCCGGGAGCUGGGGCGCAUGCGCAAGGUGGUUCUAGAGGCCCCCGAUGAGACCACCCUAAAGGAGCUGGCUGAGACCCUGCAACAGAAAAACAUUGACCACAUGCUGUGGCUGGAGCAGCCAGAGGACAUCGCCACUUGCAUUGCACUCCGUCCCUACCCCAAAGAAGAAGUGAACCAGUAUUUGAAGAAGUUCCGAUUGUUCAAAUGACUCAUAUCAUGAAUUGCUUUGAUACAUCUGAUAUCAGCUGGAUCCAGAAACUGUAUGCCAUCCAUCCCUAUGCAGCAUAUACUCAUGUCAGUGGCGACUCACUCUUUAAGUUAUGAGUUUCUUGAGAGUCAAACACAUGUUCACAUUAAAGUUGUGACUAAUAAGUACUUCUUCUUUUAAAAAAUUCUCACCACAUGCUUACUGAUUUUAGAGAGAGAGGCGAUGGGAGGGAGAGAGGAGAUGGAGAGAAACAUCUGCAUGAGAGAGAAACAUCGAUCGGUUGCCUAUCAUGUGUGUCCCAACCUGGGACUGAACCCUCAAACCUGUAAAGUGCGCUGACUGGGAAUCGAAUCAGCCACCUUUAGAUUCACAGGACAAUGCUCCAACCAGCUGACCCAGAUGAGGAAAGCAGGUGAGCAGCAAUAAUGUUUAUGGGCUAUUGCUCAAACAGAACAUUUGGUUAGACUCUUGUACAGGGGUCAACGAGAUGCCUUUCCAUUUUUGUUAGGAAUAGAAUUCUUCCAAUAAUCCAGUUUUAAAACUUUGCCUUUGAAUUCCUUAUUUCUUAUUCACAUCCAGUUA